GCCCUCCCCGGCGCCAACGCUCCUCCCACAGGCCGGCGCGGGUGUAGGCCUAACAGCCAGAAUUCACCCGGAGCCCCCUGCGCGCGCCCCGCCUCGAGCUCGUCCUAUGUGACACGGGCCUGGGUCCCCAAGCCCAGGAAGACCGCUGGGGGCGGUAGGACCGGCGCCCAGGAGCUGCCGCCGCGCCAGAACCCGGAGCCCGGAAGCCUCACGCCGCCGCCCGCCAUGAACGGCUCCCUGCGGCCGGGCGCCAGCAGCUGGCGACGGGCAGCCACCAUGGUGCUGGCCGCUGGCUGGGCGCGCCCGGGCCCCGCCGCCCCGUCGCCGCCCCCGCCCCCGCCGCCCGCCGAGGGCUUUCGGCUGCUGCUGCUGCAGCGCUCCGAGAGCCAAGGCUUCUUGCCCGGGGCGCACGUCUUCCCGGGGGGCGUGCUGGACAAGGCCGACCACUCGGCCGACUGGCUGCGCCUCUUCGCGCCGCACCACGGGCCGCCGCGUUUCGGCCUGGGCCCCCCACUGUCGCGGCCAGCCUCCUUCCCGGGGCUGCCCGAUCCCGCCGACGAGGACGGCGCGGCGCUGCCGAAUGACGUAGCCUCCCGCAUCUGUGCCAUCCGCGAGGCCUUCGAGGAGGCGGGCGUGCUGCUGCUGCGGCCGCGGGACGCCCUGCCCACCGCGGCCGAGCCCGCACGCGCCCUCGCGCCGCCGCCGGGCCUGGACGCCUGGCGCGACCGCGUCCGCCGCGACCCGCGCCACUUCCUGAGCCUGUGUGCGCACCUCGACUGCACGCCCGACAUCUGGGCGCUGCACGACUGGGGCGGCUGGCUCACGCCGUUCACGCGCUCGGGCGGCCGCCGCUUCAACACCGCCUUUUUCCUGUGCUGCCUACGGGAGCCGCCGCCCGUCUACCCGGACUUGACCGAGGUGGUGAGCUGCCAGUGGUCAUCUCCAUCAGAGACAACUGAGAGUUUCAUAUCGAAAAAAAUUUGGUUAGCACCCCCACAGUUCUACGAAAUAAGAAGGCUGGGAAACUUUGCCUCUCUCUCUGACUUGCACAAAUUUUGUUUGGAUGGUGCAUUGGAAGAGAUGGAAAGAUGGCUGCCGAUCACAUUUUUAACUGCUGAUGCAAUGCUCCAGCUUUUACCAGGAACCAGAAUGUAGCUGGAAGAGAACUCCGUGAACACCGUUAUUUUGCCAGUUAGAAAACUGAGGACAGAUCCACACAGCUGAUUAGCGCCGCAGCUGAGUGGCACCUGCUUCUCUGUUAAGCAAGUGACAUCUAUUACCUAUCGCCAAAAGCAGAAGAGCUAACAGUUCUGCCCACUGCGUCUGGGGAUUCCAGUCGCCGAGGACACCACAACACAGUCAAGCAUUGGAUGGAAUAAUGCCCUAUUCACAUAGAGAAGAAGCAGAGUAAAAUCAGCUCCAGUACUGUGCGUCAGUCCCCCAUGGCCCACAGGUGUUCUCCCUGUAGCCAACACAGGGCAAGUGACCUGCACGCACGCCUCUUGUGCUACAGAAGGACCCCAUCUCGCUGCAGCGGACACAUAUAAUAUGGGGUUGGCCAGGUGUCAUCUGAUGCACACGCUUGUGCAGAGCAAAGGAGUACAUGUUGAGUCUGAAACAGGGAAAGACAUUCCCACACAAAGGUGAUGAGGCCAGCACGGGCUGUGAGGACUCUUUCCUCAGUAGGGAAGCCUUCCAGGCUCAAGGCCCAUACUUAGGCAGCGGGGGGAGGGUCAAAAGACCGCGUGACACUGCCUUUCCCAACCUUUCUAGUCCUGCACCCUUUUUGGAGUUACAUGGUUCAGUGGGUGAUUUGGGGGAGGUGUGACAAGUAACGUGAGUUAACUUUUCCGCAUAAAGAUGUAUUUUUGUUGUCGUUUUCAUCUGAAUGAAACCUUUGUCUCCUUUCCAAGGAUGCCUUUUGGGAGACUGUCACAUGACUUCCAGCUGUCACAAUACCCUAGUGCCCCGGCACAAAAUAGGGCCACCCUCCUGAACUGAAAAAGAGUGUUGUUUUAGAGCCUAGCUCGUGAGUGCUUGUGGCAUUUACCAUAUGCUCUCUCUUACUUCCUGUAUUCAAGCUACCUGGGCCUCAGAUGCAGAAACAGAAAGCUGACCACUUGUCCCCACGGCUCCCCCUUCAAGUCCCCUUCCUGCCCAUGCUCGUAUCCCUACUGCCUGCCAUCUUGUUUGGGACACAGCCAGGAAAACCCAUUUUCUACGAUACUAUACAGUUUCUUGAAACUGAAGGGACAAACUCAGGAAUUAAUACUAAGUCAGUAUUCAUUUUCACUACCUACAUCUUUUUUCUGAUUCCUUUGAACAACUUCCAUGGGAAUCCCAAACUGGGCUGGCGUCAGUAUUUCAGGUUAACAUGGCUUGUCCUCAUGGUUCUUUGUUUGUAAGAGUGUGCUGUACUGUGGGAGACAUACCAGAUAUAAGGGGGCUUCUGAGGGAUAAUUGUGGGGGAAGGGCCCUCAUAUUUGGGCAUACGUAGCUAUUUUAUUGUUUCUUCUCAAACCCCUAUUUUGUUUUUAACUUGUCUGCAACUUUGGCGUUUUCCACUUCCUCCUCGCUCUUUAGCCACUCGUCUUUUCUCUUUAACUUCUUCUCCUCUCACUGACCUUUAGCUGUUAGAGCCUCUCAGGACUUGUUCUCAAACUCUCUACUGUCCUUGGGUGAGGUAAGCACCCAAGGUCACAACCUCCAGGUGCUGUCCUUUGAAAAGGAAAUUGCUUGCCCUGUGCUUUCUCUCUUUCCUUCUCACUGGCUGGACAUUGUGGCCACUGAAGCAGUUCCCUGGGACCCAGAAACAGAAGCCAGACGGUAGGGCAUAACUGCCUGCCAGGCUUGGACUGCUCACCUCUUGCUUGUUACAUGAAAGAAAAUAGAAGUCAUUAGCCUGGGGGUCCCUCUGUGAAAACCAUUCAGCUUGUUUCCUAACCUAUAUAAUUUUCCUUUUUUUUUUUUAAUUUAAAUGUUGUUUUUAACGUUUAUUUAUUUUUGAGACAGAGAGAGACAGAACAUGAACGGGGGAGGGUCAGAGAGAGAGGGAGACA